UAGCAAGCUCCAACGCUAAUGAAGCCUGAUUUCUACUUCAGCGUGGGAUUCUAAGGAUUUCUGUCUCUUGGUUCACUGUGAGAUGUGACUGAGACUUUUCUUCUGGGGCAUUUAUCAGUUCACUUUCUCUGUUUGUUUCUUUGUCAUCUAGCAGCUUCUGUGCUGACAAUACAUCCAUUCUUUUCCUUGAGUUAUUUUUAAGACCACUUGUUUUAAAAUCUGAUGAUGUCUAGCUGUCUUUGAGAUCUUCAUUUUUGCAGGUAAAUUUGGAUGGAGUCAGCCAAUAGCUUCUGGAGACAAGCAGAUUCAUGGCAUGAACAGAUUUGUCUUGUUUCCUAUGAAAAAGAUAAACUAUUUUAAUUCUGUAGUGGCAUUUUGAUGCUACUGCAGGGUUUUUUUCUGUCCCUCCCAGUGAUGGGCCAACUAGUUCUAAUUACAGAAGUUAAAAGAUCCCGUGUAACCAGUAUCACUGCAGAUUUUGGCUUUGCCACUACAGGGCAGUGUAAGGCUAAGAAUGUAAAAUGACUUCAGAGGCAAUAAAAAGCCUGCUGCCUACAAAAGGGAUAUAUGUAUUUUACCAGGUAAAGAGUGUUACUUCCGAGAAUAGCAGAUGCUGAUAUUUCCCCACAGAACUUGUAUGCUUUUAGUAAGCAUUAAAAUAAAUUCUUCUGGUAGGAAUUGAUACAUAUGCACAACGUGGUGUUCUUUACAGUGCUUAGGAAUAGAGCAGCCCCUUUGGUUUUGCUGCUGGGUCAGUGCUGCCUAUAAGCAGGUUCCCAAGAGCAGGCGCUGUCAGAGAAUUCUUACUUACAAGUGCUUUGCAGUUCCAGGUCAAACUGUACAUGUCAAACCUUUCUGCGCUCUUUGUCACCUCAGAACUUUGCAGUUCAGUUCACACCUGUGUUAAACUGGAUGACAAAAUCAAAUCUUGAACAGUUAAAACAUUUUCUAGCAGAGAAAUCCACAAAUAGUCUCUUAGAAGGAGAGGAAGGAAAAAAGCAUUAAUUGUGUAUAUCUUCAAAGAGAGUCGUAGUGGCAGUGAGCAGUGCUUUUGCUCCUUCCCACAGCUCCCUUGAAAGCAAAUGGAGACCUGCCCUUCCUGACCCACAAAGUAUUUAAUUUCUUAAGCAAGAACUGCUGCAUCUGCAGGAUACAGUCUCGGACUUAUUUGGAAAACCCAGGAGACUAACUGAAGAAAUCUCUCACAAAGCUAUGUUAGCCCAUUAGGGGGCUACAGAGGAGAUAGUGGAAUCUUCUGAUCCCAAGCAAGACAUAAAGGGGCACUGAAAGCUUCAUAAAAAGCAUUGGUACUGGGACAGAAUGAGCUGGACUCCAAGCAUUUCUCUGUUCUCCAGGAAGUUCACAGUCCUCCAGAGUAUAGCAAAAAGGAACAGCAGCAAAAGCUCCAGCAGAGUUCAGCUGCGUAGCAGAUUGGCUGAAACACUGGCAUGUCUCCAUACCUGAGCCCAGUAUUUCACUCGUCCUCUACUUUCUGUCUAGUUUUCCACUUUAGUUGGUGGCAAAGAGCUUCCACUGGGUUUGUUACUUACUUUUCUUCGACUCCAGUUGCUUAACAGUUUUAUUUUUGCCUUGAAAAAGGAGGAAACAUUCUUGGGAGGCAAGAGGAACUAGCCACACCACCUUUGAAGGCACCGAAAGCCAGAGACUUAGCUCUUGCUCUCCGAGAGCUGCUUGAUUUGGCCUCAUUUUGGCAUACCGUCUCUAAGCCAGAGAGAAACAAAAUUCCUUUAAGUAUGGGGUUUGAACUUGUCCCUGAAGCCCUCAUUAUAGUGCAUGAGCCUGCAUGGCCAUUCUGGUGAACAAAGCAAAAAAAUUGUAACUCUGUUGUUGCCUUCCCUAAUCAUAGAGCCAUAGAAUGGCCUGCAUUGGAAGGGACUUCAAUAAUCAUCAAAUUCAAACCCCCCUGCCCCAGACAGGCUAAGGGAGGGAAGGACAGAUAGUGGCAGGCUGACAUAUCCCAAGCACAGGCUAGAGCUAUAAUUUACCCACAGCAAGAUCGUUGCCUUGCUUGCUAGCGGUUGUGGUUUUGAGUCCCUGCCUCAGAUGUAGGCUCCUCUGAGUUGAUCUGAAGCUCAAGUGAAUCCUUCCUAGGCAGCAGCAGUCUUACAGCAUAGGCCCAGCAAAGGAGACCACUGCAAUAUGCUGAAGCAAACCUGAAUGAGUUGGCUGUAGCUCAGAGAGGGUGCCACUGCCACACAAAUAGAGAGCACUGCAGCUGGGGAGCUCCAGCACAGCUCUGAAACACUUGGCCACUUGAUAAGCUGAGGUUGCACACAAGUAUUCCCUGAGAUGCACCCCAAGUCUUCUUUAUAGUAGGUUACAUGCUUCCCUGGAGGUAAGAUGAUUGCAGCAUGUGCCUUGUCUGUGGAAGUACAUGGGUUUUAUUCCCAGUUGGUGUCUUCACCAAGGUAGUUUGAAUCUUGGACAGAUUCAGCGCUGUUCAUAUAACUCUACCAGUAAAACAGGGAGAAAUUUGCAGAAGAUUUUCUGUUACAGUGAACAUAGUUCUUUCAUGAACCGUUGCUGGAAAACUGUUUCCAGAGCUCCAAGGCCUGAAAGGCAAAUGCUUGUUAGCAGUGUGUAAAAAAUCACUUCUGCUGUCUGAGGUGAGGUGGAUGGGAUUCAGAAGUGGAAGAAAAAGCCCCAUACAAAACAAGAGCAACCCCCUGCAAAGGAACACAAGGAAGAGAUUUCUGAUCUAACUGCUAUCUUGUUUAAUGAUGUAAUUUUAUAUUAGGACAUUAUCAUUUUAUGCUAUGGGAGAGGAAGGGCAAGAUAGAAUUUUCCGUAUGUUUACUGUUGAACUGUACUUUGCUAAACCAAACUUCACUGAACUAAGCACAUGGAACUCUGCACAUAAACCCCAAUCAAAGGACUUCAGCGAAGGCAAAGCCCUGAGUAAAUAAUCAUGUAGUUACAGUGCUUGUUAUACACUAUUUGAGCUUGUGUAGCAAAGCAAACUCAGAUACUGUGAAAAGAGGAGGCAGAGAUAGAUUGACAAACUCUAAAGUCGUACGAAAGAAAAUUGUAGUGAACUUUAGGUCCCGCAAAAAGCUGAAAUACUGUUGAAUAACUGGAGAGCUGAUACACAGUUCCUUAUAUUUCAUCUUCUGGCAGCAGUUUUGGAGAGUGGGAGGUAUUUUAAUGGAAAACAAAUUCUUAUUAAGCAGCCCCCUUCCUGAGCCAGAUUUCCUAAAUUAACUCAGCCUUUUCAGGCUACUGUGAACAUCUGUGCUCUUAACUGGCAGCCUCACAGAUUACCUUCCAACCAGGCUAUAUAAGCUAUAUUCCCAUCACCAACAUAGAAAGUCAUGAUACUUUUUUUUCAGCAUCACCCUUUUAAAAUGUGAUGUGUUUAAACUGGACUUCCUUUAAAAUUCCAGUUUUUCAGCAUUCGUAUGUAAAAAUACUUGAAUUCCUUUCACAAACUUGUCUCUAGAACAGUAAAAAAAAACUACUUGUACUUUUUUCUUAUUCCGAGACUUGAACAACUUUGAGAAAACUCACAAAAAAUAGUAGAACUCAAUGUAUUUUUGAUAUUUUUUCAGUGCAACAACUUCCAUAUUGAAACAUGCUUCCGUUGCAGAUUGAUAUAAAGACAGAAAGCAUUGUAUGUCACAUUUUGCUACGCUUUUGGUUAGCCUCCCUCUCCACAUUUGAUAAAGAAAUGUGUUCUCCCAACUGCUGUCAAUCUUCCUUAGUUCCAUGAGAUCACAGAUCUUCCAGUGAGAAGAAAUUCCACUUCAACACAAAUGAUUUCUGGGAGGAUUCUGUUUUCAUUUAUGUAGUAGACAAAGAGUACCUUCUAAGAAUCAUCCUGGAAAUUUAUUCCUGGAUGUAUUGUAGAAUCAUAGAAAAUUAAGGUUGGAAAAGACCUCUAAGAUCAUCUAGUCCAACUGUCCACCUACCACCAAUAUUGCCCACUAAACCAUGUCCCUAAGUACCACAUUGACGUGUUUCUUGAACUAUGUGGUAUGUUUGGCACGUAAAACAUUCUCAUUUGCCUUUCAGACUAAAGGAAGGACUAGUCAUGAGGGUCAGCCACACAGAUGCUGGUCUUCACUCGUAGAAGCAGCAGAAAAACAGACCAUCUCCAGGCAGCUAAUCUCAGUCUGACUUAAUGACAAGAGAAGUAUCACAGAUUUUCACAUUCUGGCAAGAUUUGCAAGCAUGUGGGGAGGGAGGUGGAGAAGAAAUCUCAUUCUUCUUACAUAAGUGAAGCAAUAUACACCCAACUACCCUACUUGGCAGAAAUCAGGUAGAACUGACGUUGACAUUGCUUCACACAGCUCUUUUUUAAACGGUAACAAAAGCAACAGAAACUCUGAUCAAGGAACACAGCUUUGCACAGUGCCUGUGACCUGGCACAGCAGUGACAUUUCAAUAGCCUGUCUCUUUGGACUAGUGUAGCUGAGGACUCCUUGCUCUUUGUUUGCAGUAUAUGUGGGAGCUGUACACUGCUACUCCCUCUUAAAAACACAGGCAGCCUGAAGGCUUUGAAUAGGAAUGUAGUAAGUCAAAUCCUGUGUUUCUUUGGGCUUCUAGUAACUUUCAGUGUGGUGGAGAUGGUGACUGCAUGUGUAAUUUCAUGUAAUUUCAGUUAUACUGACUUUGGUAUUACGUAUGCAGUGGCCUUAUCCGAAUUGUCUUGGCAUCUAUGAAGGAAGAAAUUACUUUUAGUAAAGGAAAGGGGUAGUAUCAACUCUGGCCUGAAACCCAUGAAGCUGUCAUUCUUAAAGCAGAAUUUUCAUAUCCUCCCCCAAAUGGGGUUGGGGGUUCCUUUAUUCUGCUACUCCAUAUUUUUCAUCAGGAAGGUUGUUUAAAGAAAAAAUAUUUUGGGUAGAGCAAGCCCAAGCUCUCUCUCCUGAUGAGAUGGCCUUCUGUGCAGGGAGUCUUUCUUAAGUGAGGAAGUGCCAACAGGUCAAAGAGACCUGUAUGCACAAACACCAAUCAGCCAUGUCGUUACAAUCCGUGGUUAUGGAUUGUGAAAGAUCUACAUCUUCUUGAAAAAACAGAAAAGGAGCAGCUGAACUGAUUCCUUGCAAAUGGGAGCAACUGAUGCCCUUGGUUAGUUCAGGAAAGGUCAAGGAACCCUAUGACGAGAUGAGAGGCUAAGGAGUUUUUUUUGUUUUAAGGCAAAAAUGUAAGAAAACACCUACCCAUCUCCUACCAAAAUUGAAAUACCAAGGGCAUUCUUCAUGUGUUUUGAUAGACGGUGAACUUCGCCUGUUAGAGCUCACCGUAUGCCACCAGCCAUUUCAAACCGCGUAGUAGAUACAAACUAGACGAACCAAAUAAAUCCUUGAAGUAAAUUCCCUAAAUUUUAUGGGAUUAUAUCAAGGAUAAGAACAUAAUCCAUGCUGAAUUAUUCUGGCAAUUAGGAGGGUGCAAAACAAUGUUGUAACCAUCCGUUAUGCAAAAUAGUUUGCCAAAUUUAUUUCAGAUGUUAUCAUGUCAGCACAGCAGGGCUUGAUACCAAUUCCUAAUUAAUUGUUUUCCUAGCUAACUUUACCUUCUCAGUGAAGUAAAAAGCAUUUCUCUAGUUAUCAUCUAGGCAAUGCUGGUAAAACACAAUUUCACAGUGGGUACACUUUGUAAGAAAUAGUACAGUUACUUUUGCCUGGAAAGGCCUGGAAUACUAAAGGAUUUCCAGGCCAAACCCUCCAGCACUUGGGUUCACCCAGAACAGAGAAUUACAAAUUUCUUGGUAGCUUUGACAGUUACAGUACUUACUGGAUCACCCUUUGACAGAAAGUUGCAAUUCAAAUGCAACCUUCUAUCAGGUUGCAUUUAGUAUAGUUGCUGGGUAUGAGUGGUGUUGACCCCUAAGAUGCCUCCAGUUUGAUUGCCCCUUUACCAAGCUUGUAUGGGAUGUGAGUCACUGAUGUGUUACAUUACCUUCAUGACGCUUUAUCUCCAGUGAGUCAGUGGCGAUAAAAAAGCUGAGUUAAUAUUUACCAAUUGUAUUUACUAAAAUCACAUACCCCUUAGUAGCAAAUGAUCCAUGAAAUGGGCUGUAAAGGGGCCAAAAGGAAUUGUUCUUUUUGAUAGUACAGCUGCAGCUGAGUGAAGGCCUCAUGAGCUGGAGGGCCCAAUAAAGGAAAGAGAUAUUUUCCCAGUGUUUCACUACAGGGGGAUUAAUUAUAACUUGCAUGCCUGCCAUAGCAACAAUUCCAUGGUAACAAACCGACAUAUUCACAAAUUACCUGUUGGUCUGAAUUUCCCUCCAGAAAGCUACCAUGUAUUCCUUCCAAAACCCUCAGAGCUGCCACAUUUGCCUACAAAAAUUUCAUUUGAAAAAUGCAUAACCUCCACCUAUCAGUAGCUCUGAAAUGAUUACAGGGGACUGGAGGAUCCAGUGAUUUCCAAGGAAUGUAGCCCAUGUUCUCUGCAGAGAAGCUGGCAGCAGCAGCCCUGGUUAGUCACUGGCAGGAUCUGUGCUCACCAAGAAAUGGCAGAGGAAUGGCAAAUUUGGCAGAGCAGACAAGCAGAGGUAAGAAAUGAUACAUGGCAAGAGGACUAGGUCUCCUGGGUCUCCUUGUUUUUUGCAGAAGAGAUCAGCUAGGUGUCUGAUGUUUUUCUAUUCUGAAUGGAGCAGAUGUGGAUGGUGGUUCAAGUAAUUGUUUGUUUUAUUUUGUCUAUCCCUUGGUCACCCUUUUAACGUGCGCUGCUAAUGUUCCUCCCAGGUCCAUAUGUGCUAACUGGGGCUUGCAAGGGAAAAUCGUACAUUAGCUCAUCCCUCCCACCCACUCUGUUAUGCCCCGAACCACAAGUAGGAGACAAUGGGCUGGGAGUUGCGGUGAUCAGUCUCACUAUGUCUUUGUCGUGUAAGGGCCACUCUAAUCUGAAGAGUACCUUUAGCAAUUGUGGCUUCUGCUGCUUUUGUGCUACCCAUCAGGGAUAAGGGCAUUUUGUUUUGAAGUCAGGAAUCAGAUCGCUGCGUUCUUGAUUUUUUUCUGCUCUCGUAUCAAUGUGAAUGAAAUAGAUGUAUUGAAUGCCUACAUGGGUAUUGGAAAGGAAGAGGACCAUGAUUAAAAAAAAAAAAAAAAAAGCUAUAUCUUAACAGAGUUCCACAUUCAGAUUUUGAAUGUAGCCUUGAUUUGGGGAAAUCGAGGAGGAGGCUCCAUCAAUCAAAACUCAGUCUGAAAGUUAACAUAAGAGUCUGCUGACUUUGAGUGUUACUGUUGCACUGUGCGGGAGUGCAGAUCAUCCUCAUAAUUAAAAUGUCAUAUUCUCACGAUCUGUGUUAUUUGCUAGGUAUCCUGCAGUUCUACCUCAUGACUGUUAGGGUGGAGAAGAGAGGGAAGGACGAUUAAAAGGAAAAGAAGCAGAAAUCUAUUACUUCCAUCUUUGGUGCCGUGAAGUCUAUCAGUUUGUGCAGCAGCCAAAAUGGCAUGGCUUCAAGAACAGACUUUACCUUCCAGUAGUGCCCUGCCUCGAGUGUGUCUGACAAUGGAAUUAAUGAGGCACAGACAGUGGGAAAGGGGUAACGUGAACUCAUGUUUCAUGCACUGCACAAUGCUCUCACCUGCUAGUGCGGGACUUUCUUAAGAGCAGCAGCAGCCGCAAAUCUUUGCCUGGCAGAUGUUUGCACCUGAGUAAGUGGCUCAGAAAUGUGUGAGGGGAACAACUGCAAGAAUUGGGGGGCACUUUUAGGACAUUUAACUUCGUACACACCAGAAAGCUUGGUGAAGCAGUGAGCUAGGCACAGUUCUCAAGGCUGGCUCACUGCCUACCAGCAAGAUAAAAGUCCAUGGGCUGCUCUUGCUUGAAGACUUGCAAAAAAGGUGAAACGUAAGUCCACUUCAAGCCACAUUCCUGCUCACUCACUGUUGGGCAUCAUUUUGGCAUUAUUAUAUUCCCAAAGGACCAUGGAGCAGUUGAACAUGUGGGAAUGUCUUUUUUGCUUGUUUGCCAGAUAUUUUUUUUUGGCUUCCUGUCCCCCAGAGGUGGUUGCCCCCACAGCAUGGGUAAGAUGAAGGACAGCUUGUGCCAACACAGCAAGUAAAUGUCCACAGGAGCCGCUAAAGUUCCUGGCAUCAAACAUCUAUGACAGGAUAUUUAAGAACUAUCCUACAGUAGAACAUAGAUCAGAUCAUAGAAUCAUAGAAUCGUUUGAGUUGGAACAGACCCCUAGAGGCCAUGUGGUCCAACUCCCCUGCACUGAACAGGGACACCUACACCAGAUCAGAUGCUCAGAGCUCCAUCCAGCCUGACCUUGUGUGUAUCCAGGGACAGGACAUCCACCACCUCUCUGGGCAACCUGUGCCAGUGCCUCUCUACCCUGAUUGUAAAAGAACUUCUUCCUUACAUCCAAUCUAAAUCUUCCCUCUUUUCAUUUGAAAUAAUUUCUCCUUGUCAUGUUCCCUUCUCCAGGGAGACUUGAUAGCAGCCUUUCAGUACCUAAGGGGGGGCUGUAAGAAAGAAGGGGACAGACUCCUUAGCAGGAUCUUUGCGAUAGGACAAGGGGAAAUCAUUUCAAACCAAAAGAGGGAAGAUUUUGAUUUAGAUAUUACGACUGAACCCUCUGGAUGUUUUAUGGUUAUGACUCUUCAUGACUGCACAUAAUGCCUGACCUUACAAUAUUUUUAGUUGUAACCUUUAGAAAUAUAGCCACUAAGACAGCAGAAGCAACAAACACUUCCUUGAGCUAGAGGACUGUGCUGAUGUGCAAACCAGAGAAAAACUGUAAAAAAUGGCUAUGAUUGCUUGUUACUAACCCAGUACUAUAUAUAUAUAUAUAUAUAUAUAUAUAUAUAUAAAGCUAUUAAAGAAAAAGCAACACUGUAAUGGAAGUGAAAACAAACAUUUUUAAGAAAGGAGAUAAGAAAAGGACAGUUCUCCAUCCCUGCGUAGAGGAGAGAAAGGGAUACUUGUCUUUUCCAAAAGACAGAAUGUUGCUGGGUGCUGAACAUGGACAACUGAAAGAAAAAUGAAUGAAGCUCCACCUUUCAGGUACUCUGCCAUCAAUGUUUUGUUCUCAUGCCAAAUUCCUGGACUAUAAAAAUCUGCCUAUAAGCCAAGAAAAAAACAUUUCCCUGGAAGGAUUUUCAAGUUACCACUUCAUGGCAAGAUGGAAGUAAAAAAGGGGAGGUCAUUUUGGAUCUUCUGCCUCAUUUGGAGUUUUUGCAAGGGGAAAGAACCAGUUCAGAUAGUCCAGGUCUCCACUGUUGGUAGGAGCGAGUGUACCACCUGGGGCAAUUUCCACUUUCAUACAUUUGACCACGUUAAGUUCACUUUUCCUGGAACUUGUACAUACGUCUUUGCUUCUCACUGCAAUGACAGCUACCAGGACUUCAGCAUCAAAAUCAGACGCAGUGACAAAAACAGUCACCUGAUCUACUUCACGGUCACUACUGAUGGAGUGAUCUUGGAGGUGAAGGAGACAGGCAUCACAGUGAAUGGGAACCAGAUCCCUCUGCCCUUCAGCUUGAAGAGCGUCCUGAUUGAGGACACCUGUGCUUACUUCCAAGUCACCUCCAAGCUGGGUCUGACGCUCAAGUGGAACUGGGCUGACACUCUCCUACUGGACCUGGAAGAAACAUAUAAAGAGAAAAUAUGUGGUCUGUGUGGGAACUAUGAUGGCAAUAAGAAGAAUGAUUUAAUUUUGGACGGGUAUAAAAUGCACCCAAGGCAGUUUGGGAACUUUCACAAAGUUGAGGAUCCAUCAGAAAAGUGUCCUGAUGUGAGGCCAGAUGACCACACUGGAAGACAUCCUACAGAGGAUGACAAUAGAUGCAGCAAAUACAAAAAAAUGUGCAAGAAACUUCUGUCCCGAUUUGGAAACUGCCCCAAAGUGGUUGCUUUUGAUGAUUAUGUAGCUACCUGCACUGAGGAUAUGUGCAACUGUGUGGUUAAUUCUUCUCAUUCUGAUUUGGUUUCCAGCUGCAUAUGCAGCACUUUAAACCAAUACUCUCGAGACUGUGUCCUCAGCAAGGGAGACCCUGGGGAAUGGAGAACCAAAGAGCUUUGCUAUCAGGAAUGCCCAAGCAACCUGGAGUACAUGGAAUGUGGAAACUCCUGUGCUGACACAUGUGCUGACCCAGAAAGGAGCAAGAUAUGCAAAGCCCCAUGUACAGAUGGUUGUUUCUGUCCUCCUGGAACUAUCCUUGAUGACCUCGGUGGCAAAAAAUGCGUUCCCAGAGACAGCUGUCCCUGUAUGUUUCAAGGCAAAGUCUACUCAUCUGGAGGGACUUACUCCACUCCUUGCCAAAACUGUACUUGCAAAGGAGGCCACUGGAGCUGUAUCUCUCUGCCUUGUUCUGGAAGUUGCAGUAUAGAUGGAGGAUUCCAUAUAACAACCUUUGAUAAUAAGAAGUUCCAUUUUCAUGGUAACUGCCAUUAUGUCUUAGCUAAGAACACUGAUGACACAUUUGUGGUGAUUGGAGAGAUCAUGCAGUGUGGGACAUCAAAGACAAUGACUUGCUUAAAGAAUGUCUUAGUCACACUAGGAAGAACAACUAUAAAAAUCUGUUCCUGUGGAAAUAUCUACAUGAACAAUUUCAUUGUGAAGCUGCCAGUAAGCAAAGAUGGCAUCACCAUCUUCAGACCCUCUACAUUUUUCAUCAAAAUCUUGAGCUCAACUGGAGUACAGAUUCGAGUGCAAAUGAAACCUGUAAUGCAGCUCUCCAUAACAGUUGAUCAUUCUUAUCAGAAUCGCACAUCAGGUCUUUGCGGCAAUUUCAAUAAUAUCCAGACUGACGAUUUCAGAACAGCCACGGGAGCUGUGGAAGAUUCAGCUGCUGCAUUCGGUAACUCUUGGAAAACCAGAGCCAGCUGUUUUGAUGUCGAGGACAGCUUUGAAGAUCCUUGUUCAAACAGCGUGGAUAAAGAAAAAUUUGCCCAACACUGGUGUGCUCUCCUGUCUAAUACAAGCAGUACAUUUGCUGCCUGCCAUUCUGUUGUAGACCCUUCUGUGUACAUCAAGAGAUGUAUGUAUGACACCUGUAAUGCUGAGAAGAGUGAAGUUGCACUGUGUAGUGUGCUCUCCACUUACUCCAGAGACUGUGCUGCAGCAGGCAUGACCCUGAAAGGCUGGAGGCAGGGGAUCUGUGAUCCCUCUGAGGAGUGUCCUGAGACUAUGGUUUAUAACUACAGCGUGAAGUACUGCAACCAGUCUUGCCGCUCGCUGGAUGAAGCUGAUCCGCUGUGUAAAGUUCAGAUUGCUCCUAUGGAGGGCUGCGGUUGCCCUGAAGGGACCUACCUCAAUGAUGAGGAGGAAUGUGUGACUCCAGAUGACUGUCCCUGCUACUACAAAGGCAAGAUUGUUCAGCCUGGCAACUCUUUCCAAGAAGACAAACUGUUGUGCAAAUGCAUUCAAGGAAGAUUAGACUGCAUUGGAGAAACUGUCCUGGUAAAAGAUUGCCCAGCUCCUAUGUACUACUUCAACUGCAGCUCGGCGGGUCCUGGUGCCAUUGGAUCAGAGUGUCAGAAGAGCUGUAAGACGCAGGACAUGCACUGUUAUGUCACAGAAUGUGUCUCAGGCUGCAUGUGUCCCGAUGGGCUGGUGCUGGAUGGCAGUGGGGGAUGUAUUCCCAAAGACCAAUGCCCGUGUGUCCACGGAGGGCACUUUUAUAAACCUGGGGAAACCAUCAGAGUUGACUGCAACACAUGCACCUGUAACAAAAGGCAGUGGAACUGCACAGACAAUCCCUGCAAGGGAACCUGCACUGUGUACGGCAACGGGCACUACAUGAGCUUUGAUGGGGAGAAGUUUGAUUUCCUGGGAGACUGUGACUAUAUCUUAGCUCAGGAUUUUUGCCCCAAUAACAUGGAUGCUGGCACCUUCCGAAUCGUAAUUCAGAACAAUGCCUGUGGGAAGUCACUCUCCAUCUGCUCCCUAAAGAUCACACUGAUUUUUGAGAGCAGUGAAAUCAGGCUUUUGGAAGGAAGAAUUCAGGAGAUAGCCACUAAUCCAGGAGCUGAGAAGAAUUAUAAGGUGGAUCUCAGAGGAGGCUAUAUCGUGAUUGAAACAACUCAAGGGAUGAGCUUCAUGUGGGACCAGAAGACGACAGUUGUUGUUCACGUGACACCAUCUUUCCAGGGAAAAGUCUGCGGCCUUUGUGGGGACUUUGACGGCCGCUCAAGGAAUGACUUCACAACCAGAGGGCAGUCUGUGGAGAUGAGCAUCCAGGAGUUUGGAAACAGCUGGAAAAUAACAAGCACCUGCUCAAAUAUCAACAUGACGGACCUGUGUGCUGAUCAGCCUUUCAAAUCUACCUUGGGACAGAAGCACUGCAGCAUCAUUAAGAGCAGUGUCUUUGAAGCAUGCCACAGUAAGGUGAAUCCAAUACCAUAUUAUGAAUCUUGUGUUUCUGACUUCUGUGGCUGUGACAGUGUGGGAGACUGUGAGUGCUUUUGUACCUCGGUGGCUGCUUAUGCAAGAAGCUGUAGCACGGCUGGUGUCUGUAUCAACUGGAGAACGCCUGCCAUUUGCCCUGUGUUCUGUGAUUACUACAAUCCACCUGACAAACAUGAGUGGUUCUAUAAACCCUGUGGAGCACCUUGUCUAAAGACCUGCAGGAACCCACAAGGAAAAUGUGGAAAUAUACUGUACAGUUUAGAAGGCUGUUACCCAGAGUGCAGUCCUGACAAGCCGUAUUUUGAUGAGGAGAGGAGGGAGUGCGUCUCCCUCCCUGACUGCACUUCAUGCAAUCCUGAAGAGAAGCUGUGUACUGAAGACUCCAAAGAUUGCCUUUGUUGCUACAAUGGGAAGACCUACUCAUUAAAUGAAACUAUAUACAGCCAAACAGAUGGGACUAAGUGUGGUAAUGCUUUCUGUGGCCCUAACGGAGUGAUCAUUAAAACAUUCAUCCCUUGCAGUACACCAUCCGCACCAGCACAAGAUUCUUCACAAGUAGCUUUUACUGAACAAAAUGGUGUGCCACUGGAAGUCACCUCUCCAAAGUCAGAACAACUUAUGCAACCUGUAACAUCUGCACCACCACUAUCAACAGUAGCCACUCCCUGUUUCUGCAGUGACAAUGGACAAUUGAUACAAAUGGGAGAAAAUGUUUCUCUGCCAAUGAAUAUAUCAGGUCAUUGUGCUUACUCCAUUUGCAAUGCAUCAUGCCAGAUUGAAUUAAUCUGGGCAGAGUGUAAAGUCGUUCAAACUGAGGCCCUCGAGACCUGUGAACCAAACUCUGAAGCCUGUCCACCAACAGCUGCUCCCAGCACAAUGAACCUAGUUCCUGCUGCCACGCUGGCUCCUGUGAGCGACUGUCUUGGGCUCGUUCCUCCCAGAAAGUUUAAUGAAUCAUGGGACUUUGGAAACUGCCAGAUUGCCACUUGCUUGGGAGAAGAAAAUAAGAUUAAACUGUCCAGCAUCACUUGCCCUCCUCAGCAACUGAAACUCUGUGUCAAUGGUUUCCCAUUCAUGAAACACCAUGAUGAAACUGGUUGCUGUGAAGUCUUUGAGUGCCAGUGUAUUUGCAGUGGCUGGGGAAAUGAGCAUUAUGUGACUUUUGAUGGAACGUAUUACCACUUUAAAGAAAACUGCACAUAUGUCCUCGUGGAGUUAAUUCAGCCUGACUCUCAAAACUUCUGGAUUCACAUAGACAACUACUACUGUGGUACCACUGAUGGAGCAAUUUGUUCAAUGUCCCUACUCAUUUUUCACUCCAAUUCUCUUGUUAUUCUGACACAAGCGAAGGAACAUGGAAAAGAAACAAACUUGGUUUUAUUUAAUGAUAAGAAAGUUGUUCCAGACAUUUCCAAGAAUGGUAUCAGGAUAACCAGUUCUGGCCUUUACAUCAUAGUUGAAAUACCUGAAUUAGAAGUUUAUGUCUCUUACAGUCGACUUGCAUUUUACAUAAAGCUCCCUUUUGGAAAGUAUUAUAACCAUACCAUGGGACUGUGUGGUACAUGCACCAACCAAAAGUCUGACGAUGCUAUGAAGAGGAAUGGUGAGGUCAUCGAGUCCUUCAAAGAGAUGGCAUUGGAUUGGAAAGUCCCAGUUUCUACCAACAGAUACUGUAAUCCAGGCGUCUCAGAACCAGCUAAGAUUGAAAAUCAUCAGCACUGUGAGCCUUCUGAGCUGUGUAAAAUCAUCUGGAACCUGACCGAGUGCCACCGCGUGGUCCCCCCGCAGCCCUACUACGAGGCGUGUGUGGCCAGCAGGUGCUCGCAGCAGCACCCCAGCACUGAGUGCCAGAGCAUGCAGACAUACGCAGCCUUGUGUGGGCUCCACGGGGUCUGCGUGGACUGGAGGGGGCAGGCGAGCGGGCAGUGCGAGGCCACCUGUGCUCGGGAUCAGGUCUACAAGCCAUGCGGGGAAGCAAAAAGAAACACUUGCUUCAGCAGAGAAGUCGUUACGGAUACCCUCCCCUCCCAAAACAACACACCAGUGUUUGUUGAGGGAUGUUACUGCCCUGAUGGGAAUAUUCUGCUGAAUGAUCACGAUGGCAUUUGUGUUUCUGUCUGCGGUUGCACUGCACAAGAUGGAUCAGUGAAACAGCCUAGAGAGGCCUGGGAGCAUGACUGUCAAUACUGUACGUGUGAUGAAGAGACCUUGAAUAUCUCUUGCUUCCCCCGCCCUUGUGCUAAAUCUCCACCUAUCAACUGCACUAAAGAGGGCUUUGUACGCAAAAUAAAACCACGUCUGGAUGAUCCAUGCUGCACAGAGACAGUCUGUGAAUGUGAUAUAAAAACUUGCAUUAUCAACAGAACAGCAUGCGACUUAGGUUUCCAGCCAGUGGUAGCUAUAUCUGAGAAUGGCUGUUGUCCUAUCUUCUCCUGUAUACCAAAAGGUGUAUGUGUUUCUGAAGGAGUUGAAUUUAAGCCUGGAGCAGUGGUGCCCAAAAACUCUUGUGAAGACUGUGUGUGCACGGACGAGCAGGAUGCUGUGACGCAAACCAACCGCAUCCAGUGCGUCCCAGUGAAAUGCCAAACCACCUGCCAGCAGGGUUUCCGCCACGUGGAAAAGGAGGGUGAGUGCUGCAGCCAGUGUCAGCAAGUGGCUUGUGUGGCAAACUUUCCAUUUGGCAGUGUGACCAUCGAGGUUGGAAAGAGUUAUAAAGCACCAUAUGAUAACUGUACUCAGUACACAUGCACUGAAUCAGAGGGCCAGUUUUCCUUGACUAGUACAGUAAAGGUCUGCCUCCCAUUUGAGGAAUCAAACUGUGUCCCAGGGACAGUUGACGUGACUUCAGAUGGCUGUUGUAAGACAUGUAUCGACCUGCCACAUAAAUGCAAACGCAGCGUGAAAGAGCAGUACAUUGUUCACAAGCACUGUAAGUCUGCUGCUCCGGUCCCAGUGCCCUUCUGCGAAGGGACGUGCAGUACCUACUCAGUGUAUUCCUUUGAGAACAAUGAAAUGGAACAUAAAUGCAUUUGCUGCCAUGAAAAAAAGAGUCACGUAGAGAAGGUGGAACUGGUUUGCUCUGAGCAUAAGACACUCAAAUUCACAUACGUGCACGUGGAUGAAUGUGGAUGUGUGGAAACCAAAUGCCCAAACAGGAGAACAUGAGCAUAAACUAGAGACAUUUCAGCUCCCAUUUCACGCUUCUCUAGCAAGUGGGUAGUUUAGAAAACAGCUGUGAGUAACCUUCAAGUGACUGUACUUCUCUCCUGUGUCUUUUCCUUCUGGUAUUAUAUGCAGUUAUGGAAAUUAGCUGAAGAUUUUGCUCUAAAUGUUUGUAGAAUAAACUGCAUUUCAAAGAGAA